UGAACAAAGAAAAAAAUGGUUAUUAUAAUUUAUUAAGUAUUCAAGCACGAAAAAAUGUUGUAUUUGGAUCAUUAACCAAUAUGCCACAAAAAGAACGGGAACAAGUUGUAUUAGAAUUUUUGACUGAUUUAUAUAUUGAAGCGAAUGCGGAUUUACAUGCAGGUACAUUAACAUCAAAUUGGUGUCGAUUAGUUGAUGAAAUGAGACUUACACUUGGAAAGAUAUUACCUUAUUAUACACCUGAGAAUAGAUAUCUAGUUGAUAUGCCAAUGUAA